AUGUGCACCUUUGCCUUCCUUAACCUGCUCUUCUCCACUCCACUAGACGUCGACCAGUUGACGCUGAUUCUUCAAGUGCUUGGCUACCCAUCUGAAGGCGACAGGGAAUGGAUCGUCAACACGAAGACUGGACAGAAACUCGGAGAUACAAAUCGAAAAACUUCACCGGACACUCUUGUGGAUGCUGUCGCCGCAUCUGGAGACGCAACGACGACACUACGACCCAUUCACGGGGAGAAAUUCAAAGUACGAGGAGCUGCCAACAGUUCCUCUUUCUCUCUAUUUUCGAUGAAAAAUGAACUCCGCCAGCCACAGCGAACCCGCUACGAAAUCUUGUCAAUUUCAAGAAAAUCGUGGACAAUCACAGCCGAUAAGAAAAUGCGUCACGUGCGCUUACCAAACAUUGCUUGCCUCGUGCGUACCUCCCUUAGGGAGGUCGCAUUUCGGAGCAGUCGAUCUGGCUUCAACCAAUCAGCCACGGUGGUUGGGGAUAUGAUAAACCAAUUUCUCCAGCGAUUACCUCCUGACAACAUUGAAAGACGAAUUCGUUCAUUUCCUUCCACGGACCUGUGUGUGCCUGAACACCACCAGUGCAGCGCUUCGUCACGGUGCGCCACGACCUCUUCUUGUGGCAACGUUUUGAAGUCAGCACGGAAUAUGAAAGGUGGCAGUCACAACGCGGAACUCAGGGACGAAUAA